CUCCCCGUCACGCCAUGCUUGGAAAUGUCACUGGAACCGUUUGGCGCUGAGGCCCGGCGCGGGGUGGGUCCUUGGGGGAGAGGGGAAUUAGAGGUACCCUGCUGGCAGGCUCACGCGAGGCUGGUGUGUGUGUGUGUGUGCGCGCGCAGAGAGAGAGAGAGAGAGAGAGAGAGAGAGAGAGAGAGAGAGAGAGAGAGAGAGAGAGAGAUACUAUAGACAUAUGCGACAUGGAUACAUAAAAUACUUUAAAUAAGAAUAACAGACUAUGCUAUUCACAGAAAACGUGUUAUAUGAUAAAUCGCUUGAGACAUAUUUCUUUGCUGAUAACUGUUGAACGAAUGGGAAUUUCUAUAUCUCGUUAUAUUUCAAUCAUGAAUCAUCGACCAUUCCUUGCUGAAUGAUGCGAAUAAUAUUAUCCCCAAAUCUGGAUUCACUUUUCCUCGUUUGGUGGUGAUAGUAUUAGCAUAAAAUUCAGCCUCACUUCCAUGAAAAUCAGAAACAGAUGGACAGACUAACAGACAAAGUGGUUUUAGCGGUAGCAGGUUCUGGCGGAACGGUAAAUCAGCUGUCAUCCAAAAAUGUAAAUAAUUUUGGGUGAUGCACGAAUGUGAGUGUUAGUUUGACUGGCCUCUUUGCUUGCGUCACUCUCUAUCAUCGUGACCCCACACACGGCCACCUCAUAAUGCUAACAUAAAGUUCUUCCCUUUCAUCAUCUGUGUUACUUAGCACACACACACACACACACACACACACACACACACACACACACACACACAGACGCGCGUUCACCAAUAUAUGCAUGUAUGUUAAUGAGCUUAGGAGAAAGUAAACGGUUAAAAACAAUGUCACCUUAAGUUAUGAAGGUGAAUUGGUGCUCCUUUUACGACUUGUGUUCUUGACACUACUACUACUACUACUACUACUACUACUACUGCUAUUACCACUACUACAAUACAUCUAUCAAUCUAUCUAUACUAAUAACUCUACAUUCUGACAUGUCCGUUAAAUGAUAGCAAAAAAAAAUGGUUCUUCUGCGUAAUUUAUGGUUAACCUGUCACGUGACUCCAUGGGCGGUGAUGGGGAUUAGUGAAGGAGAUGAGAGGUGAUAGGAAUGGUGGUUUUAAGAAAGGUGACGGGGGGUGGUGAGAGGUGAUGGGUCAUGCUUGUGGGUGAUGGAUAAGAAGGAAGAUUGACGGGUGAUGGGAAUGACAGGCCGUGAUGGAGACUGAUGGCCGAGAGGUAGAAAGUCUCACUUUCUUCUUUAUUAUAUUUCAUUUGUUUUGCAUUUUAUUAUUCUUUCGUUCUUUUCAUGGAUCCAUGUGCACGCCAGCAUGAAAAGGAAUAUCGUUUGAAAUUAUAUAUAUAUUUGCUCUCUCAUUGUUAUCAGUGUGCUACAAGUUUAUCAAACAGAGAGGUUCCUUCAGCAAGCAUUCCUUAAGAAAGUACAGAGCAAAUCACACGAGAGCAGCGCACCGCCUGCCAGCCGUCACACCUCGCGGCGGCUUGAGCAAUACCGUGAGAGGAAGAACGGCCUCUGCAACACCAAUUUACAUAAAGUGUGUAUGUAACCUGGCCAUCAGCGGCGAGGCGACUAGCCGGGCCUCGCUCUGCACCCCGCGGCGCCCCUGCUCGACCUCUCCACCCACCCUCAGGCGCCAGCGUUGAACCCUGGGAGGAGAGGUAGCUCGUGUCUGUCCGUUUGUCUGUCUGUCUAUCUCUACGCAACAGAUUGCGAAGAUGUAGAUGAUAAUGACAAUUUAGUCUUCUGUCUUUCCUCCUUCGCUCUUCCUCUGCAUCACGUGACCAGUUUGGUCUUUCCCCCUUCACUUUGGCCUCGCUUGAUUUGUUGCAGCUUCACACGCAUCCCACAGUCCUGCACGUCUUGGACAGCGGUUUCAUUCUGAAUAUAUGGGAAUGUUUUGUCAUUCUGGAUCUCUCCGGAGAAGUUUCGUGACAUAUACAGCCUUACAUCGCUUUCAUUUCGUAAUAAGUAUAGUUUCAUCAUCUUCUUCGGUGAUACAAGCUCAUCUAUCAAACUGUUCACGUUGUGUUGCGUUCACUUCAACAUAACAAACAAAGGUCGUCGUUGCUUUGAUGUUCCUCGCACGUAAAGCUUUCUGACCACAGACAAUGCCACCUGCCAUGUGCCUUACUUUGUGGUGAUGCAUAAGGCACAGCUAUGAUAAAACAUAUUCCCCAAACGUUCAGAGUUACAGUGCGCACAUGUUUGUAAAGAUGCUGAGAAUGACGUCAGUUGUUAACGCCGAAGGAACAGAGUGUAUCUUCAAAAUGAGGUUUUCCUUUUAAGUCUUGCAGUUUACUGACUCAAGGAGGAACAGCUGCAUACCAACCAGCCUUCAUGAAUUGCGAAAUAGAAUUAAGUGUAGGACAAGAAAGUGAGAAAGAAAAAAAAAAUCAUGAGGUCAGAAAUGCUGGGUUGUCAAGCACGGAGAUGAAAAGAAAGUCGUACUGUAAAGACUUUUGAAAAUCUAACUCUCAAUGAAAGUUCAAGUGACAAUGUAGUAUUAACUAACUAAAAAAUCUUACGUGUUUCAUACCUUGAGUGAAAUAAUCCAGUACCAGUAGAGUCAUCUCAGGAUUUACUAUUACUUUCCGUGAGUCUAGUCCUGUCUCUCGGGUAAGGGAGAACCACAGGAAAAAAUAAAUAUAUUCACUUCUAUUUCCUUUUAAAUCACUAUAUUUUUUGUCAUCAUACAAAAAUAGUAAUUUAUUAAUUCAUAAAUAUACAAUAUACAAUAUAAUGUAUAUUGUCCUGCUGAGUGUCGUGGCAACUCAACAGGUGGCGAUCAUGGCAGUCAGUGUUUGUGUUGUGGUGAGCAGAGGUGCGUAGUGUCACGGGGGACUACCAUAUUGAUCAUUAACAGUGUAUCAGGGAGCAUUGGAAUUUAUUCUCACGCUGAGCUGGCCUACUGGAUCCCCUGAAUUAUCAACACCGAAGGGCGUAACGAGGCCUCGCCACCUCUGCCUCGUCUGCUGUGACAAGAGGGCGUGGCGGGCGUGCAGGAUGUGAGCGUGACGUCGCGAGGGGGCGUGGAGAGGGCGGUGGUGUUGGCGUGGGAGCAGCGGCACAACGUAGUCAUGCCAGGAGCGCUGAGGAGCCUCUACAUGGCCACUGAUGGCUUCAAACUCACAUGGAAUUACUCAACUGCUGGUAAAGUUCUUCCACUGGGUAACAUGGAGGUACAUCCUCUGGGACGUGUCAAUAGGCUAGGCACGGGGAGAGGGAGCGGCGACCCCCUGGCACCCUCCAUCACUGAUUUAGCACUGGCUGAGGAUCCUCCCCUCUCUAUAUCCCCUAACUCCAUGCAGCGGCCAGGACCCAAAUCAUUGUCAGCCUGCUCAGCUCCUUCUCCCCCAACCUUCCACACGUCUAAGAUGUUCGAGAUUGAUAGCUGUCAGGGAUUUGGUCGCGUGGUGGUGGCAUUUCCUGGUCGUGGGGAGAAUUUUCCCGAGGGGUCAUAUUGGUUCGUGGAUUUGUCGUUAAGGCCGCACCUCCUCGCCGCCGACACUCACACCUACUGGCGCCUCAUGCUGGCUCACCUGGGCAUGCCGCAGUGGCAGGCGCUGGUGGCGGGGCAAGGCCUGACACCAUGGGCCAGGUGGUAUGAAGUGGUGGCUGGUUACCUGCUGGAGGGAGCGCGUCCGCCCCGUCCCGCGCAUCAGGCCCAAGACCACGUCAACAGGCUGGACUGGUCUGUAUUCAAGACCAAGAAGACCCACCACAAGACAAAAAGCUCCAAGGACACUUCUAAGGACUCCACCAAAGACGCGGCAGCUAAGGACACCGGGAAGCCUAAGGAGUAAAAAUGAUCCCCGUAUUAUAGAGGAUGGACCCACAUGGUGUGUGUGUGUGGACAAAGCUCUGGACGCUCCUUUGUUAUUUAGUGACAUUCAUAUAGUGGCGGGCUUGGAAACGUAGAUGCUCUGACAUGUAUAUUGUGAAAAGUGAAUGUGAUUUUACAAUACAUACAUAACGUAAA